AGCUCAGUAAACAUUAAAACUCUGAAAUGAAUUCUUCAAAAUUGUUGUGUGUAUUGUGAAUAACUUUUCUAAAAUGUUUUUAAACAGUUUCGCUGAGAUGAGAAAAAAACUUCAUGAUGCCAAUAUGGUGGUGAAACAACAAGUGGAGGAACUGAAUUCAGUCAUACAGAGGUACUGUUGGCAUAUUCUGGUGAAACAUCAAAGUCUACUGUGCAAACUCACAUAAUUAUACUAACAUUGUUAAAGUAUUAUUUUAAACAGUGAAAUUUUAGUGUUUUGCAGAGUGGUAUGAUUGAUAAUACGCAUCAACUGAAAACCGGCUGAGAUUAAUUUUUCAAAAUAUUUUUUCCCAGUUUCAGUGAGUAAAAAUCUCUCAAAAACAGUCAAAAAAUCUGCCCUGGUCGCAGACCUGUGUUAUUGAUCAUCAGCAAGUGUGAGCAUAUCUAUAACCUGAAUAAGGGAGGUUUUAGCAGUUUGUUCGUCUUGAAAUUUAGGUUUCUCUAACCCACACCUGCCGCCUGCAAUGACCUGAGUACAGAGUAGCCUGCUGAGCCACCUCCUGGUCAAGGCUCUUAGUGGAAUCUGUCCGUAGCUCAGUGGACUGGAAUUGGUGAAAUUUGGACAAGGCCUUCAGCAGAAUCGCUGGAUUGAGCCAGAUGACCACCCUGAGCAUGAAGUUCACUAAUCCUCCAGCAGCUCAAAAGAAGGACACCAAAGGGUGCCAUAGAACAUGUCCAGGUCUAAGGGGGGAGCCAGGGGCCCUGGCAUGCAAAUUUUAAGUUGCUGGCUGCCCUUUGGUGCCAGGAGAUUAAAGUGGCCCCACUAAAUGCUGAGUGUCCAACGCAAACUUCCUUAAUUGCCUGAUCACCACCAUGCCAUGUAGGUUCACCACCUGCAUCUGGGACUGAAGGAACUGCAGGAUGUGAGAGUGCAAGACAAAGGCACCAGCAAAUAUUUUCACUGCAGCUUCUGAGCUUGGGUCAGAAGCUGCAGUGAUACAAACAUAAACAGACACACAAUGCCUCGACAUAUGCUACCACACAAAGCGCAAGUGUGUCAACGAUCGCUGGUUUUACUUCUGUACAGCCCUUUUAUAUGUACGCUUUUGGGCAUGGAUGGGCUAGCUGGAGUGUCUUAAAGAUAUAUAUUUAUGUGUCAUAACCAAGGGGUGGGGACUCAUUACAUAUGGAGAGGUAAUGUAAAUAUACCAGAGAACAUAACAAUCUUCCUAGGAGUGGGCAUUUUACCAAAUUCAUCACAAACCCAGGAACUCUACAGGCCUCAGUGAGCAGGUUAAAGGUUAAUAAUAAUGACAUCACAAUUAGAAAAAAACUGCUCAAGCACGGCUGUUUGGGAGGGUUGUGAGAGAAAUCUUCUUCCAUAUAAAAGAACAUAGCUAAAUGGUUUAGGCUUGCAAAGCUGGGGGUGAACAAAGCACAAGACUUCUGGCUGAUAAAGUAACACAUCACUGCAGGUUACUGCUGCUAAAGUUUGUUCUACGAGAUGCUGAAUCAGGUGGUGGACUUGUACACAAAACUGUAGAUACAGAUGUAUUUCUAAUCAUGGAGCUGACUGAAUAUAUUGCAUAUCGUGAAUAACCUCUAUAUUAUGUUUUUAAACAGUUUGGCUGAGAUGGAAAAAAAACUUCAUCAGGCAAAGUAAACAUUUUUUUCUCAUCUUUCAUAAAAGUCUGAAGUUUUUCAUUUCUUCUUUUUAUUUCAUUUUUUUAAUCUGUUCACCAAGACUUUUGCUUUACAUGCUGUAUAUUUGUCUCACAGUAUGGUGGUGAAACAUCAAGUGGAGGAACUGAAUUCAGUCAUGGAGAGGUACUGUUCGAUUAAUCUGGUGAAACAUCAACGUCUACUGUACAAACCCACAUAAUUAUACUAACAUUGUAAGGUAUUAUUUUAAACAGUGAAAUUUUAGUCUUUUGCAGAGUGGUAUGCUUGAUAAUACGCAUCAACUGAAAACCGGCUGAGAUUAAUUUUUCAAAAUAUUUUUUCCCAGUUUCAGUGAGUAAAAAUCUCUCAAAAGCAGUCAAAAAAAUCCUAUGCAACACUGGUCCAGUGCAGGACACUGGUCCAGUGUUGCAUACCUUCAGCAGGAUUGAGACAGAUGACCACCCUUAUCCCUGUAAAUCAGCUGAGCAUGUAGUUCACUGGAGUUCAUGGAGUUCCUCCAGUGGCUCAAAAGAAGGAUGCCAAAGGGUGCCAUGGAACGGAUCAACAAUUUAUAAUAGCUUAAUAACAGUGAUUUACAAUAUCAAACAAAACAGAUUUAUUUUGUUUAAAGAAACAAAUGUAGAAUUUAAACUGUUAGUGUUGUUUUCUAUAUGUAUGGUAUUAUUUUUUUUUAAAAAAAAAUAUUGAUCUGAUAUUGUUCACAGAAUCUGCGUUUAACUAUGAAUGUAUGAUCUGAUGCGUUUUAACACAUGAAUUUUGUUUAUGUUUUUAAAUAGUUUGGGUGAAAUGGAAGAAGUUUACAAAGUGAACCUCAAAAAACCAGGUUUGGCUGAAAUGGAAAAGUUUUACAAACAGAAAAUCCAAGAAGAAAGAUCUGCACGUAAAGAAAGUGAAGAAGAAUUCAAAUCGUUCAAAGACAGAGUGGCAGGAGAGAUUGAUCUUGCACUAAAGACGGGGAAAUCUGAAAACAUGAACAACCCAGUGAAUGAAACCAGACUGAAAGAGAUGUAUGAAGAGCUGAGGAAGGACUGGGCUAAAAUCAAGACUUAUCUGCAGGCAGAUCAGAACAACCCAGAGGAAAUCAAAGCUUCGAUUCAGCACAGAUUUCAAUGUGGAGCAGGGGAAACAAAGCAGAAGAAGGAACUGAUACAGAGAGCAUUUACCCUAAAUGAGGACACUCAAGCGUCUCGGAAGGUUCAUGAAUACACAAAGUUAACCAUUCAGAACCUUCAGCUUGCUGUUUACUAUGGUUUCAAAGACACUGCUGGUCAGGGGUUCCGCGGACAGGAAGGUCAAACUCAUGAUGAUAGCAAGAAUAAGCUCCUCUUGAAGUGCUUCUGGCUGAGUGGCUUGUUGGUGCUGAACGAUCCCCCUCUUCAGCCUGACUGGAAAAAUCAUCAUCCCGGGCAAGAUGCUUGGAACAUUUUCCCACAAGAGAUCACAGCUGAUUCUGCCAUUGCACUCUGCCAGGGCCACUCUGCAAAGGUCCUUAAUGUCAUUGGACAUACCAGGACCCAGACUUGAACCAGACUGAAGAUCUCUAGAAAGUACAACAUGUCUUCUAUCACGUCUUCCUUCUCUCAUCCCAACCAGUCGCAGAUGG